UAAAGCAACCUCGCAUUGGAUACAGAGAGCAAUGCGAUGAACUAUUUCUUCACUUCACCAAAUCUAAUGACCAAACCAAGAAAACUAGAUAUAUCCAGAAACUGAAACAACAUGCCUUCAAGGCCUUUACCACCAGCUGGUCCAAACCUACCAAGACCAAGUUUCAUCAACAAAACAAGAGUCAUAUUCUUCAUCUUAACUAUCUCAUCUUCAGUAGUUAUUCUCUUUACAAUAAUUUACUUUCUUUACCAUCUUUGGAACUCCCUUUCAAACCGAGCUAGAACCAUUCCUUUUGACUCUAGUGCUCCUCUUAAGCUCCAAAGAUUUUGCUACAAAGAGUUAAAGAAUGCCACCAAUGAUUUUGAUGAUGCAAAUAUCAUAGGUAAAGGUGGUUCAGCUACCGUCUUUCGUGGCAUUGUCAGAGAUGGUAAACUGUUUGCCAUCAAAAGGCUUGAUGCUCUUUCUUUGCAAACUGACAGAGAGUUUCAAAAUGAGCUGCAGAUUCUUGGUGGGUUAAGAUCACCUUUUUUGGUUACCCUUUUGGGGUAUUGUGUUGAAAAAAAUAAGCGUUUGCUUGUUUACGAGUAUAUGCCAAAUAAAAGCUUGCAAGAAUCUCUUUUUGGAGAUGGUCAUCUGAGGUUGAAUUGGCAAAUAAGGUUUGAUGUUAUCCUUGAUGUUGCUAAAGCUCUCGAAUUUCUUCACUUUGGCUGUGAUCCGCCAGUGAUUCAUGGAGAUAUUAAGCCUAGCAAUGUGUUGCUUGAUUCUGAUUAUAGAGCAAAGAUUUCAGAUUUUGGAUUGUCAAGAAUCAAGGUGGAGGGUGAGUUAGGGGUGGAUUUGUUUAGUCAAGAGCUAUGGAAGAGCCAAGAGUUAUCUGGGAAUUUGGGUGGAACCACUGGUGAACAGACUCCAGCAAUUGGGACUCCUGUGGAGAGUAACACCACCGAGGUAGACUUCGCACUUGCCUUACAAGCUUCUUCUUCUACAAAAAACAGUAAAAAAUGUUACAAUGUUACGGCUCUGAAUUUAAAUUCGUUCAAUUAUAAUGCUAACUUAGCCAGUGAGAGUGAUUGUAAGGCUGGGAAUAAUGGAAAAGGGAAGGAGAUUAUUAGUGCGGAUACUGGUGGGGACGAUUGGAACACUAAGUUUGUGCCUUGUGAUGAUGAGUUUGGUGGUAUUGAUCAUAGUAAGGAGUUGAAUUCUAGGGCUACUUUGUGUGCUGAUGAGGCAGCGAGUAUGAAACAAUGGGGAAAGGAUUGGUGGUGGAGGCAGGAUGGGAGUGGUGAAUUGUGUAGUAAGGAUUAUGUCAUGGAGUGGAUUGGGAGUCAGAUAUGUCCAUCAAAUCCUGAUUGGGAUGAUGAUAAAAAGACCACUCCUGAGAAAAUUGAGUUCCACAAUUCAACUCAGUUGAAUAAGUUAGAAGAUAUUAAUGAACCCCAGAUCCAAGGAGUUGGAUUUGAAGCUUUAGAUAAGGGUUUUGAGAAUAAAGAAACAAAAGGCGGGAAAAAUGGGAAAAAGAGACAUAGGAAGAUGCAAGAAUGGUGGAAAGAAGAGCAUUUAGGUGAGAUAAGCAAGAAGGACAGUAGGCCGAAGCAGCUUAAGACAAGGUGGAAGAAAGGAUAUAAAAUGCUGCAUUUUGAUCUGGGAAGGCGAUUUUAUUUUCACAGGAGCAAGAAGUUUGAGGAACCAAAUCAAGAUGACUGUGAUGCAAAUGGAGAGUUCAGUUUUAGAAGGGGAUGGAGGAGAAAAAACAACAAUUCCAUUGGAAGUGACAUGUGGAGUGGGGAUCAUUUUAGUCGUGAGCUAAGCAGCACAACCAGCAUGAGAGGGACUUUGUGUUAUGUUGCGCCAGAGUAUGGUGGGUGUGGCUACUUGAUGGAGAAAGCUGAUAUUUACAGUUUAGGAGUUUUGAUCCUUGUGAUUGUGUCUGGUAGAAGGCCAUUGCAUGUUCUUGCUUCACCUAUGAGGCUUGAAAAGGCAAACUUAAUAAGCUGGUGUAGGCAAUUAGCUCAAUCCGGAAACAUAUUAGAUCUGGUGGAUGAGAGAUUGAAAGGUGAGUACAAUAAGGAGCAGGCAAGCUUGUGCAUAAAUUUGGCACUUAGUUGCCUGCAUAAAAUGCCUGAGUUGCGGCCAGAUAUUGGGGAGAUUGUAAGGAUCUUGAAAGGGGAGAUGGAUCUCCCAGCAACCCAAUUUGAGUUUUCUCCAUCUCCACCUUCUAAAUUAUACAGCGGAUCAAGGAGAAAACAGAAUGCCAAUGCAGACUAGUUUUUGCUAAUCCUUUCAGUUUUGCUUCUGCCUUUGCUGUCAAAUUGGGGUUUCAGUGACUGGUGAGUGUAACAUAGGAGAGAUGAUUCGAAGGCGGACUGAAGGUGUGAACCAUAAUGAUUAUGUUGCAUGCAUAUUAAAUGAAUGAUUUCCUCUUUCUUUUCUACUAACUUGAUCCAUAUAUUGAUGGCUAAAGUGAAGUUCGAUUUCUAUCCAAUAGCUUUAAUACUAUCAGUGUUUCCCAUAUGCAUCAUGUAAACAUUGUACAUUAUAUGAAUGUCAUCCACUUUCUUCUCUACU